AUGGGUGCUGAUAGAGUUAUGGUAUCGUCUCCUAAUAGACCAGAGGAGCAAGAGUUUCAAUCCCAGAAGAGCCAGGGUUCUGUUUACACUCUCGCCAUUGACGAGGUUCAAACACUGUGUAAGAAGUCGUCGUCGUCUUCUUCUUCUUCUUCUUCAUUUUCACAUCCCCUAAUUCUAGGAAACCUUAAUUUGCACGGAACACUGUGUAAGAAAACGGUAGAUGAAGUCUGGAGGGAUAUCGUUCAUUGCGAUCAUGGAAAUGACGGCGUCCAAACCCAACAAAUUCAGCGACAAUUGCCGCUGGGAGAAACUAGAAUUGAAGAUUUUCUGGCCAGGGCUGGCAUCAUUAAUAUAGGAAAUACCCAUCGAAGUAACCUCAUUGAUCAUCAACCUCUCAUGUCAGUCGAUCCAAUGGUUAUCAUGUCGCAUCAGCAUGCAGAUUGGUUGCAGUUCCAGAUGUCUUCUUUCCAACAACAGCAGCAGCAGAAUUUGACGAUGGUGGAUUCGAGUUUUUGUGUUUCUGAAUCAAUGUGUGAAAACCCAGUUGUGGAUUGUGGUUAUGGUGAGACCCAGUUAGGUGUUACAGCAAUACCGCCGUUGCAGGCAAUGGUAGCAACUCCGGCGGAGUCGCAGGGAGGUGGGGAGCAGAGAAAACGGCGGUACACGGAUGAGAUGAUGGAGAAGACAAUUGAGAGGAGACAGAAGAGAAUGAUCAAGAACCGUGAAUCAGCUGCUCGAUCCAGGGCGAGGAAGCAAGCAUAUACAAAUCACUUAGAGAAUGAAGUGUUUCACUUAAGGAAAACAAAUAGCUGGCUCAAAAAGCAAAAGGAAGCAGAAGUUAUGUUAUCGACGGUUCCAGUAUCCGGGAGUAAAUACCAACUGCGACGUACGAGCUCGGCUCAAUUUUAG